AUGAUUAAACAGUAUUUCAACUCCGCUUCAUUCAAAUAUUUCUUACCCAAUUGGAUUUUUGGCUUCUCACUCCUUGCAUUCUUUUACUUUGUAAUUGAUACUGCUAAGCCAUUUGAAAGAAAGUUCCUGAUUGAUAACCCUACCUUACAAUAUCCAUUUGCAACCAAGGAAACUGUAUCUGACAAUCUCUUAUAUUUCUUAUCGGUUAUAAUUCCAGGAGUUUUAAUUACACUUGUAAGUUUGUAUCAAAAGAGAAAAUUACAAAUUUCUAAAUAUGAUUGGCUUAAUCUUUUGUCAAUAUCAUUAUUGGGGUUAUUAUUAUCAUUUACAAUAACUGCAGUGGUAACUGAUGUUUUAAAGAUUUGGAUUGCAAGACCAAGACCUGAUUUUUUGGCAAGAUGUGCAGCUAAAAAGAAUACUGACCCUACUAAACUUGUGGGGUUUGAAGUGUGUACCAAGCCAUAUGGUGAUAUGAUAUUAUAUGAUGGAUUGAAAUCAACACCAUCCGGUCAUUCAUCCAUAUCAUUUGCUGGAUUACUUUAUUUAAGUUUAUGGUUAAUUGGCCAAUUUAAACUUGUUCCUUCGAAAAGUCUUGCCUAUGCCUACUUUGUCCCAUCUUUACCAAUCUUCUUGGCUACUUAUAUAUCACUCAGUAGAACUCAAGAUUAUAGACACCAUUUUCUCGAUAUUAUCCUUGGUGGAGCCAUUGGUAUUAUCUUUAGUUAUAGUAUUUAUUUUUCACUCUUUUCACCUUUAAAGAGUAACAACAGUAACCAAGCAAAUGUUCAAGUUGUUCAAGAAAAUGAGUUGUCAUUACCAAAGUAA